AAGCAAAUCACCGAAACCGCUCCCGAAAAUUCAAAUAUCCAACGCUCCAUUUCGCUUCCCCACCCAAAUUCCCAAUCCCACCCCGCCGCCGCCGCCGCCGAGCGAUACCGGGGCCGCCGCUCCCCAUGGACGCCGGCGACGCGAGCCGCUUGGGGGAGUCGCUGGACGCCGUCUCCGCCGCCUUCCAGUCCCGCGUCAUGGAGCUCCAGGAGCUCGUCCUCGCCCGCAACAUGUACCCGGCUACGGCGAUACCGGACCUCGCCGCCGUCGACGUGUCGCUCACGGCCAUGGAAGCGCAGUUGCAGGCGGUCCGCCGCCGCCUCCAGGAGGAGCGCGAAGCCUUCCCCAAGGCCAAGAAACUAGUACAACAGUCCUUGAAGCAACAGCGGAGGCUGCAGCUUAUGCUUGCAAACAUGCCAACUGGGAUGCGCGAGGAUGUCUUUGCUACACCUCUGGAACAUAAUUCAUCAAUGAUGUUUCCUGAGUCGCUCAAUUUCAGCUCGGCUGUUCCAGAAGUCAGAGACCAUGAUUUAAAGAUUAAGGAGGAGCCAACUGCACCACCCAAGAAGGGAAGAGGACCUGCACCUCGUUGGUACAUAUCCACUGAGGAGCUUGAUUCGUUGUCAUCAUACAUGAGAGGGAGGCUCACUCUGGAGAAGGUUAACAUUGCCAUCAAUGAAGUGGCUUCAUAUGCGGACGGCAAUGCUCAUCUUGUUGCAUGUCCAAAGAAAAAGUUAUCAGAAGACACAUGGGAGAAGGCACUGGAAUUAAGGGACAUUGCAGCAAGAGAGUCAGUUAAGGGGAGGCAUUUCUUCUUGGAAACUGAUAUAAAGGGACCGGGCUUAAAACUUGAUACCACAGGGAAAGCAAUCCUUACUGUCCUUCGUCAUCUCGGCCGCUUCCAGGAGACCCGGAUUGGGCAUCAUCGCGUUUUCAUACUUUCAAAACAACAGUGAAUGAAGGGUCUCCUCCAAGCUUUAUUUAGGUGCUGGAGAAUAUAAAGUUUAAUUUGGUGUUAGGCUGGAGAUAGAUACGCAUGCAUUGAGCUUGUUUACUAAUUGCUAUGCUGUAGUUUGUUGUAUACAGGUCAGGGCAAGUACUAUAAUGCUCUAUAUGCUACCCCUAAAAUUGCCAUAUUGGAUUGAGUGAUGAGGUGGAGGAGAUAAGUGAGGAGAGAGAUGAUGAACCACCCCUAAAUCAAGAGGCAACCUCCACACAAAUCUAUUAUCUA